UUAAAGGAAGCAUAGUCAAUUGACUGUUUAAUUAUAAUUUCGAUAUGAUAAACUGAAUGUGUUUAAUUAAAAUAAUCUCAAAAUUAAUGUAUUAAAUAUCUAUUUUUAUUAAAUUAAUUGUUAUUUUGAAACGAUUCCGGAAAUAUUAAUAAAUGGGAGUUGUACUGAUAAAUAACUGUAGCGCAGGUGGUGUGGCGUGAUCUCAGGUAGUCCCACCUGGAGGGGUAGGGUUGAAAAGGUUAUUUAAGUGGUUGCAUGCCUUUGUUUCGAUUCAUUCUUAUGCUAAGCCUAGAUUGUGUAAGAGCUAUCUAUACUCGUAAAUAAAAGUGAGUUAACAAGUGAAACGUCUAUUUCUUCGUUACUACUCCUAACCUAAUGGAUGGUCAUGAGAACUGGUUACCACCCGGUGACCAUGCAGACCAUGCGCAUAGUGGAACUUCGCCGACAGCAGCGGUGGGAUCACAAUCCCCUAUACUAGGCGGGCGUCGACGAUCGGUUAUUCAACCUGAGCCUACUUUUACCAUGGACCAAGUGAUGAGCCUGGUAACCACAGUCACCAAGCAAGCAGCAGCAAGUGCUGUUAAUGCGGCACUGUCUGCCACUGCCGCUAAUCCACAACAGCCGGCGCUACCCCGUGAACGAGGAAAUUUCUACCUACCCCCGUUCGACCCGGAUGUACGAUCUCAUGAUAUUCGAGAUUGGUGCGCUAAUGUCGAUGAAACCAUUUCCAUCUUCUCUAUAUCACCUCAAGAAGCACGGAUGAAAGCCAUACUUCAGUUAAAAGGAAGAGCAAAAGUGUGGGCCGACACGUGGUCUCUACAUUCAACUACUUGGGAUCAGGUGAAGGAAGAUCUAAUCAAGACAUUCUCAAAGGAGUUCUGGUAUGCUGAUGAUGUACAGAAGUGGCGCAACUACACGUCGGACCAAGCAGCGAGCUACGCCGAAUACGCCACUACAGCUUGGACAUUAUUCAAGCGCGUGCGGCCGGAAGCGAAUGAUGCCGAUGCUGUGGAUGCUGUUAUCACAGGUAUUUAUCCUGAACAUAUUAGAUCUGAAUUAUUACGAAGUACGCCUGACUCUUUGCCUAAACUAGUAUCUGUUUUGAAGACAUACCGUAAACGCAAAUUCGAUACACUAGAAAAAACGAAUAAUAAUAACAAUUCUAAGAAAGCUCGCCCCACUGAAGUAGGUGUUAAACCAGACUAUUCGUCUACUAUUUGCUAUAGGUGUAAUAAACCUGGUCAUCGCUUUCGUGAUUGCAAGGCGCUUAAUUCUUCCGGAUCUGAUAACUCCCCCACCGUCGGUAGCGAGUCUAAAGCACCUACUGAUACUAAAUCAGUUGAAUGCAAAUAUUGUAAGAAAAAGGGCCAUGUUGAAAAGAAUUGUUUUCGUAAAAUGUUAAAUGAACGGUCGAAUUCAGACAAGUUAGUAAACCUUUGCAGCAAUCUUUCCGGCAGGGCCCGUAGUACUACUACAGUUAAAAUAGGUGAUGUUACUUAUCCUUGCUUGUUUGAUACUGGGUCUGAUUGUUCACUGAUGCGGAAACGCUUCUCUGGUUCGAUUCCCGGAAAGAGAAAGGCUGUUAAUGCCACUUUUUUCGGUGCUGUGCAGAAAUUGGACCCGGAGUCACAUAAGGAUUGGGAGGAGUACGCUCACAAGGACGAUUCUGAGGAAUUACCCAAGUGGACAGACUUCGUCAAAUUUCUGGAAGCUAAAUUCCGAACGCUCGAGCUCAUCACCGCUGCUUCAUCAACUCCGCGCGAAAGAACAGUAAACAAAGAACGCACGUUCCACGCUACAGAAUCACACACAGAGAAGAGUUGUGUCAUGUGUAAAGCCCGGAAACAGCAGAACAAGAUAGCAAGACUCAACCGCCGCUCUCCAAGGUCAACGAGACUGAACCAGAAAUUCAAGCUACCGUGGCAAUUGCAUCUCAUCACACAGCUAGACAUAGUGAUGGCUUAUUAG